UACUAUUUUUGUAGAUUUUCGCGCUGCUUUUGAUCAAUUGUGGUUUCUAGGUUGCAUUGGAAAACUACGUAAUUUGGGUAUCCCUUCAUCUUUUCUAAAUUGGAUUGAAGUAUGGUUAAAUAACAGACGUUGCUUUAUAGAAAUCAAUGCCAGUAAAUCUCGUUGGUUCUCUAUCGAAAAAGGUGGUCCUCAAGGAAUUGUUCUUACUCCAACCUUAUUCAUUACAUAUAAUUGUGAUAUGGGUAGUUCUCUAUCUGGCUGCAUAAGUCACUUCUUUGCUGACAAUUUAGCUGGAAUUAUGGCUGGUCAAUUAGGAAUAAAUUAUUCGACUCAACGUCUUGAUUUAGAAAAAAAGGGUUAA